GGGACUUCUUUUCGCCCCAGCAUCCUCGCCAGGGAGAGAGACACCAAAGCCCAGCGCCCCCGAAAAGGAGGGGAAAGGAAGACCCUCCAGCCAUGAAAGGCCAAAGAGAGGCAGCGCUGGUGGCUCAUCCCACACAUUGGAAGCCGGCGGAGGAAUCCCAUCAUCCACCGGAGACGCAAACGGGUGCCAAGCCAACCAUUAUCCAUUAUCCAGUUGCAACUUGAAAUGCAGUUUGAAAGUGUUCUACAGACAAAUGACGCAGCAAAGUGGAUCAGGUUUGAGGCUUGAACAGCAAAAAGCACAAGUGUACCCCAAAACUUUGGACAUUCCUUUUAUGUGAAACCGGGAGAGAAAGGCACAGGAAAAGGACAGAAAAUGAGAAUUAUCACCAGCUUCCUGGCAGGAUAUGUCCUAAUUCUUAUGGUGUCCGAUGUGGACUGUUUCUCCAGAUCAGGGCGCAAAGCAUGCUCCGUGGAGGUACGAAGCCGCACUACGUCUUACCUCACUUCCCACAUCCAGCCAGUCUACCAGCCCUACCUCACUUUGUGCCAGGGGUACCGACUUUGCAGCAAGUACAGGACGGCUUAUAAGGUUUCUCAGCGGCCAGCGUAUCGGAAAAUCUCCCAGCCAAUAUACACCUGCUGCCCGAGAUGGAAAUGGGGAGUUGCAUCCCAUCGGCUUGGCUGCAAUAUUAUCUGCCAUCCUCCGUGCCAAAAUGGUGGGACAUGUUCAUUUCUAAAUAUGUGUUCCUGCACACCUGGAUGGACUGGACGAUUUUGCCAAACAGAUGUGGACGAAUGCGCUGGCGGGACCCAUGGCUGCAGCCAGGUUUGCCUCAAUGUUGCCGGAAGCCACCGCUGUGGAUGCCACCGAGGGUACGAGCUUCAGAUGGAUGGCAAGAGCUGCAAAGCUUUCCCCACAGAUGCCCCUCCUGCCUCCAGUCCGGUUGAAAACUCCAACCCGAUGUUGCAAGAGGAUGUGAAGGAGCUCAAAACAAGGAUGGCAGCUUUGGAAGAAAAAUUCCAGCAGGCGAUGGCUCCGUUCCUCAAAGUGGAUCUGCCGGAAGGAACGACCCAAAUGGACCCACUGGGAUUGCUAAUCCACUCUUUGCAGCAGCUGGAAAGGAUCGAUUCGCUCAGCGAACAAAUCUCCUUCCUGGAGGAACGGCUGGAGACGUGUUCCUGCAAGAACGAACGCUGAUGUCGUAAAAUAUAUAAGAAAAGGAAAUUCACCGAUUGAUUCUUUCUCUUCUGAUUUGGAGUUUUUGCAACUCGGCCUCCCAAUCGGACGGCAGCGGAGAUGGCAAACCGGAGUCAAAGGUUUUCAAGGGAAGAAAAAAAGUGAGAGCCUUCUGGCGCAAGAAAACACACCAAGACCAAGGUUUCCUCCUUAAAUAAAUCUGCUUUAUAAAAAUCAAA